AUGACCUUUCCAAUGGAUGGUUGCACCCUUGCCUUCUUUGGAGGUGGCGCCACGGUUACAGGAGAGUCAGAUAGUCUAUUUGGCGGAAGGCUAUUUAAGGAAUUGGAAGAAUUACUUAAACAUACUUGUCCAAUGUUGUUUUGUCCUUUGGGUUUAGCCAUUGGUUAUGGUUUGUCAAGUGCCAGUAGUACACUGUUAUCGCAGACGUUUGGAAGUGGAAAUUAUAUACAAGUUGGUAUUGUGUUGCAGCGUUCUAUCUAUGUUCUUCUUCUAUCUGUUUUCCCAUCUUGUGCCAUACUCUACAAUGCUGAAAUAAUAUUGUUGUUUUGCAAGCAAGAUCCAACAAUUGCAAGUGGGGCUGUUUGGUCACAGGUUGUAACCUAUUGGUUUUUGGCUGGUGUGCUUGUCAUCUAUAUAAAAGUAGCAUCUAUACAAGAACAAACGUGGGGAGGUUGGACAGUAGAAGGUCUAUACGAUUGGAACGAAAUUGUACAUUUGGGGAUCCCAGGCAUAAUAUUUACGAUUAUGGAAUGGAGUUGUUUUGAUAUUCCAUCUUUGGUAGCAGGCUUGCUAGGUGACGAUCAACUUGCAGUCUAUUCCAUAAUAUGGCAAGUGCUAAACAUUUCAAUUAUGCCUUGUUUCAGCAUGGCUCGAAUUGUCAUUGUACGUGUUGGAAAUUUCCUGGGAAAGUACGAACCUUCCCACGCACGAAUCGCUGGACGUGUAGCUUUAUUGAUCAACGUGAUUUCCACCAUCAUCAUUGUGAUUAUUGUAGUGUGUAUGCGCAACAUUUUACCACUGCUUUUCACUAGUGACAAAUAUAUUGUUCAGUUGACGUCAUCAACCUUACCAGUUUUAGUAUUGCUUAUUCCCUACAGCAACGCAAUUACCCAAGCUGCUAUUUUACAAGGAAUCGGACAUCAACGGACAGUAGCAAUUUACAGUUUUAUAGUAUACUAUCUUAUUGGUUUACCGAUUGGUUUUUUCUUAAUAUUCGUCGUUAAAACUGGAAUGGUUGGCUACUGGAUUGGUAUAUUUUUAGCCUCAGUGUGUCAGAGUCUCUUCUAUGAUAUUGCAAUCACGAGGAUCGAUUGGGUACAAGAGGCAGAAAAGGCUCACAUGCGUGCUUACAUCAAUAUACAGGGCAAGUAUACUACAUCUUUAAACACCUCCGAUGACGAUUUUGCGGAAGAUUAUAUAAUAGAAAACCUUAAUUCAAAGAGCAACUAUCAUUAUGAUGCCACAUACGAUGGUCAGAAUGAGAGUACUUCACUCUGUAUGAAAGAGAAUGGCUCAACAAAAUCAUUUUCUACAAAUGAACGACCAGUUAUCAAAUCAAUAAUAAUGAAACGAAUUGCAGUCCUUGUUUGUAUGAUUAUUGUUCUUAUAGUCGGUGUCUUGAUUGAAAGUUCGAUGACGUCAAGAGUAAGGGAAUUUAUGAAGGAGGAACUUAAUGUGGAUUUCAAUGCUACAUCUAUAGAGUGA